AUGGUAGGUUAUCAGUCGGCGGAACAUCUUCGUCGCAAACGGGAACGCGAGCUCUUCGGUGUGGUAACGCGUGUAGUAGAGAAGAAACAAGAAUCAGAUGUGCGAACGUCAAUGUCUAACGCUAAAAUUAUAUCACCUGUAAAUUAAUGUUUUAUUUAAUCACGCAGGGAGAUAAAGUAGUUUAAAAGAAAAGAUUGCUAGUGUCUUCUACACAUUUUAAAAAAACUAAAACUAUUUCGUUACGUACGCAGUCAUUCGGAUAUUUUCCUGCCGAGACAUUCGCGAUUAUACUGAGAUACAGGCGUGUUCCCGUAAGUUGCAGUCGCACGAUGACCGCGACCGCGACCGCGCCAAGGUAAACGCCAGCAAGGAGGUCACGACGCCGGUGAAUUGUGUUAAGUGCACCAAGCGACUUAUCCAGCCAACUCCGCGAGAAAUCUUACCAUUAGUAGUGUACACGACGGUGAACGAUAAACGUCCGGCAAUAUAGCAUCUUAACGGUCGAUAUCGAACCGAUAAAAAAAAAGAUAAAGACAUCUACAUCCGUCGUAGUAAAGUUUUUGGAAUAAGACAAGCGAAGUAAUAAGAUAAUAAGAAGACUGCCGGGAUGCUGCACGAGGAGCUGUUGAGCUCCAGCUAACACGUGGCGAUUACGCGCACACUCUGCAGUUAUAAGGGCAGGACGGUGUUUCGUCGUGAGAGGUUGGGACGUCCAGGAUGCCAGGGGUGUGGAAGUUGCUACAUACGCUGGUCUAUAUGGUGGUUGGCUUGAAGAGCAUCAGUAGCAACAGCGACAUUUGGCCGCUGGAGAGGCCUGACGGCAUGCCAGCCAUUCAAUCUUUAGAGGUAAUGUGCGGAAAAGAUCAUAUGGAUGUCCACCUCUCGUUCUCACAACCUUUCGAAGGCAUCGUAUCGUCUAAAGGCCAACACGCGGAUCCACGUUGCAUUUAUGUUCCACCAUCCACUGGACAGACGUUCUUUUCCUUCCGGAUAGCUUACGCGAGAUGUGGUACAAAGCCGGACAUGCACGGACAGUUUUACGAAAAUACGGUAGUGGUCCAGUACGAUAAAGACUUACUCGAGGUUUGGGAUGAGGCUAAACGGCUGCGAUGCGAGUGGUUCAAUGAUUACGAGAAAACAGCAUCGAAACCACCAAUGGUUAUUGCGGACCUCGAUGUGAUACAACUGGAUUUUAGAGGCGACAACGUAGACUGCUGGAUGGAAAUUCAGCAUGGCAAAGGUCCAUGGGCGCCACCCGUGUCCGGUAUCGUGCCGCUCGGUUCCACUCUUACUCUGGUUGUUGCCAUAAACGAUUAUCGAGGUGAGUUUGACAUGCGGGUCAAGUCGUGCGUGGCUUCGGACGGAGGCGGUCACACGAUACAGCUCAGUGACGAGUUCGGCUGCGUGCUAAGACCGAAGAUGAUCAGUCGGUUCUUGAAGGCACGCGGUUCGGACGACCGUGCAACCGUCAUCACAUAUGCUUUCUUCCACGCGUUUAAAUUCCCGGACGCAUUAAGCGUUCAUAUCAAAUGCAAGGUGGAGAUAUGUCGGCACGGUUGCCUGGAUCAUUGUCAAUUGAGCGGAUCUGCAACUCACUACAUUCAAGAAAGAAAGGAUCAAAUACGACCGCAAUAUAUAGAGAGUACAGCAGCCUCUAUUCUCUCGAAUCCCAGUAAUCCCAGUGACAAUGCUAAUAGCAGCAUAGAUAGAGACAAAGACAACGAAGAUGCGGUUGGCAAUGUAGAACAAGGAGAUGAUUCUCUUUAUGAUGAUGUCAUCCAGAAUGGCGAUGAAAUGGCUUCGAUCGGCGGACAUUUCCUCGAUGUUGAAAAGUCAAUUCCAAAAGCGCAGGCACAGACAAGUAAUCGAUUAUCAAUUUCGACUCUGACCGAAACACAGCACGAUAGUGAAGCUCAGCCCGAUGGUGCCGAUUUAUCGAAACCAUUUAUGGAACCAUCGCGGGUCAACAGGUAUAAGAGCGAGCAGGAUCAAUUUCCGCAUGGACCACGGAAUCUAGAGGAAGACAACGGCGCGGUGCCAGUGACGCCGCUUUCCGCCAGCAUUACCCGCCGAAAACGCUCCGUGACGGUGACGGACAGGAAAGCGCGUAGUGCCGACGUCGGCGUCAGCGGUAUUUACGAAGUCAUCUCCGAGGCGGAUCUGGCGUUUAGUCCGGACACGCAUGCCGAGGCGGUGACAGUUUUUCAGGGCAGAAUACGCGAGGAGGUCGUUUAUGGAAUCUGUCUGCCAAUGCCAGGUUUCAGCGCGCUUUUCAUCAUAGUCGCACUUUCGGCAGUAAUUUCCGCCCUCGUUGCUGGCGCGAUGUUGCAUCGACUGCAGGCGCAGCGGGACGUCGCCGCUAGUAGCAGAGAGAACGAUCAAACCGGACUACACGCUAACAACAACGGCUGGCUGCCUUAUGGUCUACUCCGUGUGCGCACGGCACGACCUCAUCAUUCCGACGAGUUGCAACAGAAGCAAACGAACGUAGCUUCGCAGAUUGCUGCGGAUCCAUCGGUUGAGCGAGGCUGACGACGUUUUAAUCCCACGUCGGCCUUAAGACGCGUCAGGGCCAGGUCUAAGGAGAUUAAGGAAAGACAAUGUGCAAUAAUACGCUGUACAAAGUAUCAUAAGUGCGAAAGGGAAGAGUUGCGCGCGGUUAUCGAUAUUAUAUCGAAAGAACAAGCAUUUUGUAAAGAAACACGCGGAGAUGAGUUAAAGAAAAUAGAACACUAUUAUUUGGCAUCAUUGUUUCAUUGUGAGUAUCCUCCUGCGAAUCGCGCGACGACACCGAAUUCUCGCGAAUUGCAGUCUUCGAGGACUCUAUCUCUAGUAGAUAUUUGCGUUACUCUAAUUUUAACGAAGCUAUUCCAUAACUUGCGUAACGUGAAUAUUAUCUCAAUCUCGUAACGCGAUGUUUCUUAUCAACCGUUAUAUCGUGUGUCGUAGUUUUCAAUACUCAAUUAAACACUAAUAAAUAGCGCAUUGUUAUGAAUAUUUCUCCUGAAUAUUAUACACUGAUGAUAUUACUCUCUCUCUCUCUCUCUCUCUCUCUCUCUAAAAAUAUUUUUAUAGAAAGAAUAAAUCUAUUAAAGAAAACUAAUAAUAAAUUUAAAAUCUCUUUGAGGUUUAUUAUUGCAAAAGCAACAAAACAACAAAAGUAAGGGUUCAUAAGCUAAAUAACAAAGGAAUGUAUUAUGAUAAACGAAUGGUCUCCAUAGAGUUGAAAUAAUUUUUGUUUGAUGUCCAAAUCUGCAGAACAAAAUCAUAGUUGGAUAACGAGAAUAUAUCUAGUCUUUAAUAUAAAUGAUACAAUUAAAUAAUUAAAAGAAUAUUAAAGUCAAAAUUAAAAAAGAACUAUUAAUUUUGUUAAUUCGAUUAAAUACUUUCUAUUAUGUUUAUCACGAUAUUGUGAUGUGGUGACAAAAUUUAUGAAGAAGGAGGACAAGUAAGUUCAAAACGUUCAUAAUUAAAGACUGUUUAACAUCUAUAAAGACUAUUUGUUUUUCAUAAUACAUCCCUUUGUUAUUUAAUUUGUAAAUCUAUUAAAAUAAUACUUAACUGUUACAGUGUAAUAUAAAAAACAGCACUUUGUACAAGCAUGAGUACUUUCGUGUCUGUGGUUCACAAAAAUCUCAAGAAUUCAUGAACGCACUUUCGAGAAUAAAUGUCUAUAUUUUAUUUUGGAAAAAAUAAAAUAUAAUUUUUCUUUAAAAUUUUGAAGCUUGAAUAGAAAUCCAUCAGACACGAAAUACUCUGGCUGUAUUGUAAGAGUAAAAAAAUAUUUUUUUGAAAAUAAUGAUUAUUAUUAAAAAGAUUAUACUAACAAAUUUUUUCUACGGAAUA